AAUAAACCUUGUACUUAAGUAUUUUGACUUCUGUCAGUUUUUAUAACUCAAAAAUAUUUAAAAUUCUUGUGUCUGUUAAAACCCGCAAUAAUGCGUGAAAUAAUACAUAUACAGCUUGGGCAAGCAGGAAAUAAUAUAGGAAACAAAUUUUGGGAAAAUAUAUGCGACGAACAUGGUGUUGAUCCUUGUGGAAAAUGGCAUGGAGAAACUGACCUUCAGCUAGAAAGAAUAAAUGUGUACUUUAACGAAGGGAUACGUAAUAGAUUUAUUCCACGUGCAGUUUGUGUGGAUUUGGAAUCGUCUGCAAUGGAAUGCCUUCGUUCAGGACCCUUUGCACGAUUGUUUAAACCCGAAAGUUUUAUAUUUGAUGGUCAAGGCGCUGGUAAUAAUUUUGCAAAGGGGAGAUAUACAGAAGGAGUAGAAUUAAUGGACACGGUUUUGGAGUAUAUACGAAAAGAAGCUGAAGCUUGUGAUCUCUUACAGGGAUUUCAAAUAGUCCAUUCUAUAGGAGGUGGAACAGGUUCUGGAAUGGGAUCGUUGUUAAUGGAUAAACUGAAAGAGGAAUAUACAGAUCGAAUUAUAAGUACUUUCACUAUAGUUCCCAGCCCAAAAGUGUCUGACACGGUAGUAGAACCAUAUAAUGCUACCCUGGCAAUUACAAAUCUUAUACAUAACUCUGACGAAACAUACAAUAUUGAUAAUGAAGCUCUUCACGAUAUUUGUUUUAGAACUUUGAAGUUGGCUGGUCCCUCAUAUGGUGAUUUGAACCAUGUUAUUGCUGCUGCAAUGGCUGGAAUUACAACUUGUAUGCGCUUUCCAGGACAGUUAAAUACAGAUUUAAGGAAAAUUAAAGUGAAUAUGGUACCUUUUCCCAAUUUACAUUUUUUUGUGCCAGGCUUUGCCCCUCUAACAUCUAGGGGUAAUCAGCCAUAUAAAGAUAUAACGGUGUCAGAUAUCAUCCGCCAAUUGUUUGAUGCUAGAAAUAUGAUGGCAGCUUGUGAUCCUAGAAAAGGGAAAUAUCUUACAGUAACUUCAAUACUUCGAGGAAAAAUGUCCAUGAAAGAAGUAGAUGAUAAUAUGCAUAAUAUACAAGACAAAAAUAGUGCUUCUUUUAUUGAAUGGAUUCCUAAUAACAUUAAAACGGCAGUUUGCGAUAUUCCACCAAGGGGUUAUAAAUUAAGUGGUACAUUCAUUGCGAAUAAUACAGCAAUUCAUGAACUAUUUAACAGAAUCAUUACUGCUUUUUCGGCAAUGUAUCGCAGAAGAGCCUUUCUCCAUUGGUACACUGGCGAAGGAAUGGAUGAUAUGGAAUUUAUAGAAGCCGAAUCAUGCGUGAUCGACCUUAUUUCAGAAUAUCAACGGUUUGAAAUAAAUGUACUUGAUGAAUUUUAUCCAGAAGAUGAGGAUAAUAAUGAUGAUUAUAUUAAUGAAACUUAUUAAUGCUCGAAGAAAUUAUUUUUAUUGAUUUACAAACAGACCAUAGUUUAGUUUAAAUGGUAUUCUUAGACCUAACCCUAACAGAGAUAACCAGUUUUUUUUUAUUUCAAAUUGAUUUGUUCUUAUUUAAAAGUUUUUCUUAAUAACUAAAAAAAUAUGU